AUGCUCCAUGGUGAACACUUAUUCAAAUGCUGUGAAAGACAUUACCAACUCUACCGGUUUGAUGCUCGAGUGCUGCAAUUGCGAGCCGUAGAGUAUAAUACCAAUACUCUUACUACUGCUGUUACUACUGCUGUUACUACUACUACUACUACUGCUACGACCCCUCACAUUUUGCGUAUAGCUCCCGCAUACCCGAUCAUUGAACGACCUCCGCCUUUCGACGAAGAUGAAUUUCAGGACAGACUGAUUAUCGACACCGAUGCAUUGUCCGAUUCGUUUAGACAACAAGAUGAAGAAGAAGAAGAAGAACGACAAUCGAACGUAUUGAUCGAGUUUCCACCCACUAGUUGUCCAGUGCAGCCGCCCGUAAUGAAAAUGGAACAAGAGGAGAACUUAUCACCACCUACUCCUUGUCCAGUGCAGCCGCCCGUAAUGAAAAUGGAACGACAAGAAGAAGAAUUAUCACCACCCACUCCUUGCCCAGUGCCGACUCCCGUAAUGAAAAUGGAACGAGAACAAGACGAUGAAAUGGAGAUUGAUAUAGCACAAAUAGAAAUUCGAUGUAACAGAGAGGAAACCGAAACUCUACCACAGAUUCCCGUUCCCCGAGAAGAAGAAGAACCCUCAACCUCCGGAGACAUGCAAGAAUCAUCAUCUUCUUCGUUCCCCACUACCACCAUGUACGAACCCAUUUCGCCACCCCCACUACCUGCUUCAUCGUUCGACACUACUACCAUGUACGAACCCAUUUCUUCUUCGUCACCACCACCACUACCUGCUCAAUCGUUCCCCACCACCAUGUACGAAUCAAUUUCUUUUUCAUUGUCACCACUGCCUACUCCAUCGUUCGACACUACUACCAUGUACGAACCCAUUUCGCCACCACCUGCGCCAUCGUUCGACACCACCAUGUAUGAACCCAUUUCGCCACCACCACUACCCACUCCGUCGUACAACACGGUGAACGACGGACUCGGCAAUGUACCGGAAUUUCAACCGGCCACACCUAUCAUCGAUCUAUCCAUUUUUUCGGAAGAUUGGUUUAACAAUGAUGACAAUUUCGAUUUGAAUAGUGACUUUGGUACUAUUUAA